AUGGAACCCUGUAUCCCUGAAGACGCUGUAGACCCUGACGUGGCAGGGAUUGGUGUGUUGAUUUCGUUUGCCAUCUCAUCACUCAUCACUAUUCUACUUAUAGUGAUUGCAUAUUUCAGACAAGCGCUUCGACCUGAUCGAUAUAGCUCACUCGACAAUGUCAUCAUUGGGCUUCCUCGACGUAAACCGAUCAGCGAGAGGGUUCGAGCACAGCGCAUCGCGGCUUUGGAGUCUUUCCUCAAAGCCCUUUCCGACCAGCAUUUAUUCACUUCCUUUGCCCUCACACUGACUAUAUAUCUUCUUCGGUAUGGUGCACCGGGGUUUGAUGCCGAAAAGGUCUCUGCGUACUCGUACUGCCUGGCAGUCAACAUCGCGCUGCUUUCCUCCACUGUUCACUUGUCCGCCACAACCAUCUUACGAGAUAAUCUUGACAAGUUUAAGUGGCUUCGACUUGUACGGGUCAUCAUAAUGGUUGUGACAAUCGGUUGUUUGCUGCCCCAAUUGGUCCUAACCCAGGUCAUGGAGCCAAGUAUUACACUACGAUGUGCUGUCGGACCGGCAGAGGAAUUCCUGAACUCUACACCGGACGACUAUGAAUUUGGCUUAACGGUAACUUUGGCUACAUCUGCGAUCAUUUCCGCUCUUGUGUGCGGCUAUGGACGCAGAAUACUGGAGCUCUACUCGACGAGCUUUCGGCAGUCACCCGAAAGAUGGGCCUCCAGCGUCUUUAACACCAUUCGCCAGUGGUUCAAGGCCGACAUCCAAGAACACCUCGACCAAGAAACAGUUUCCUACAAUGAGAGGGAGCUGGUGGAUGUCCAUACAUCUUCAGGAAUGAUGCUUCAUGCGCAACUCCUGCGCAUUGUGUGCACCGAGUUCCGCCAGUCAUUUUUUACUGAACUCAUUUGGCUUCUUUUCUAUACCGUAUAUUCGAUAUUCCAGAUGGUGUUCUUUAUUAUUUGGAGCUUUGAACCUGGCCAAUCACCCAUUAGCCUUAAAUGGGGAUUUGGGCAGGUUCUGCCCCUGGUUCUCCUCGGGCUCCCUGUUAUUUCUGCCAUUGAGUUUUACGAUGAAUGGGCAAGUAAUAGUCCCGAAAACGAACGAUCCAUUGAGCUCCAGGAAAUGGGGGCUGGGUCCCAGACCAACAGCCAAGUUGAUGAUUUGAGUCCAUAUGACUUGUGCUUGAACCAUCACAGAGAAACUACACUCUUCUAUACCUGGUUCCUUGUUAGUGUUUAUUCGGCAUUGGUGAUCGCUGGAGCAUUUGAAUUCUCCUGGGCCACCUGGGGCACCUUCACUACAUCAGACGGAGAAAGUAUCACAGGGAGGCGGGAGAGGAGAGACGUCAAGACGUUCAAUGGCUUUGAUGAGAAAGGAAACUGCCGGGAAACUGGCCCGCUUGUCAGCAUCCACCGUUUGGAUCAAGCAGUUACCAGAUCAGGAUUGCAUUGCGGAGGAUCGACGCUCAAGGAUGAGUCACCAAGAGACGUCGUCUAG